AUCCUUCACCAGGCGGCCUCUGGCUAACUCUUUCCGGACGUCGGGUUCGCUUUCAUCCGCUUGUUACUGGAACGCGACACGAGAACGCAGCGUUACCAGGGUCGUCCUUUGUUGGUCGUCAAUCUCGACAACCACAACAACCACCCGGACCUUCAGGUCAUAAAUUUAUCUCGACAACAUCAGAACGGUCUCCACUACGAUCAUGGCUACAGCUCAUCCCCCAGCAUCGCUAGACUCGGCCAUGGAACUCCUCAACUAUAUGCAAGCCCCAACGGUCGGCUUCUACUAUGUCGGGGCUUGCACAUUCAGUCUAUGCAUCUUACAAAAGCCCAGUGCGAUAUCUUCGAAGAGGCGACGAGUGGUUUUAAGCCUAAUGGUCUUUACCCUCAUAGCAUAUAUCACAGAGGUCUUAUACUACUUUAGUCGAUCGCUUACAGAGUGGAACUACGAAGCACCAAAACCAGCGGCGACCCGUUGUCUUGGCGCCAUUCUUGCCUGGAGUCCUCUUGUCUUUGGAAUUUGGAAAAGCAAGUCGCUUCGAUGGCAUCCGUACUUCGGCGCUUUUGUCCUACAGUUUGCCCUGGAAACUACGACUUGCCUCAUGAGCGCCUUCUCUAUCUCACCUGAUGAUAGGUCGAGGGACAUACCAUUUGUCAUUAGCAGUGCAAGGGCAUGUGCUUCGUUGCCGCUGAUGAUCGACGGAUUUCUGAUCCUGAUCAAGAAGCACGUGGGUACACGUACAGACGAAGAGCGCCAAUCACUGCUCGGAAAGCAAACUAAUAACAACGCUAAUCAGAGCGGAACCGGCAACUACGGAUCUAUCAAUCCGGACAGCUCUAGCGGCGACGGCGACGAAGAGGCACCAUCUGAUCACGACAAAGCGAUUAAGGAGCAACAAGCCAAACGCCUAGAGGAAGAAGGUGGUUGGCUCGGUUAUCUGAAAGGUUUCCUCGUAUUCCUUCCGUAUCUGUUUCCCAAGGAUGACUGGAAAGUCAUGGGCGCACUCUCGAUACGCAUCCUCCACAUGAUACAAGAGAGAGUCUUCAAUCUUCUUACCCCUCGUCAGCUCGGUAUCAUUACGAACAAGCUAACCGAGGGGACAAAUGUCAUGCCAUGGAAAGAUAUUGGACUGUGGGUUCUGUUCUCCUACAUCAACAGCUACGCCGGUACCGGCAUACUGGACGGUAUAGCGAGUUUGGUGAUCUCAAACUCGGCCUACCAACGUGUCACCCUAAUGGCAUAUGAGCAUGUCCUUGGUUUGUCUAUGGACUUCCAUACCAGCAAAGACUCAGGGGAAGUGCUCAAAGCCGUGGAACAGGCAUCGUCUCUGAACACGCUGGUUGAGUUGGUUCUGUUCGACCUUAGCCCUAUCCUCCUGGACCUUGUCAUAGCUAUGUACUACGUCACUCACCUCUUUGACAGCUACAUGGCUUUCAUCAUACUGUUCAUGGGAGCGGCAUACGUGAGCAUCGGGUGGUAUUUCACGACUCUGUCGCAGCCGUGCCGAAGGGUCUAUGUUGAGAAGCAGCGAACAGAAAGCUCAACCGUUAACGAGACUGUGCAUAACUGGCAAACUGUGGCUUACUUCAACCGACUGACGUUUGAAUAUAACCGAUAUGCAACAAACAUUAUUGCGACUAUCUCUGCGCAAUAUUCCUAUUACUUCCGGUCGAUGGGUGGACACGCUGCGCAGGAUGUGCUUACGACAGUGGGUUUUGCCGCAUGCUGCAUCUUUGGCAUGUCGCAGAUCGUUACCAAGCAGAAGAGUGUUGGAAACCUCGUUACACUCAUCAUGUACUGGCAUACCAUGACGAGUCCCUUAUACGUCUUGUCUUACAGCUACAGGCAGCUUUCAGCCUCUCUUAUCGAUGCCGAACGUCUGCUUCAGUUACUCAAUACCAAGCCGACCGUUGCUGACCAAGAAGGUGCCAAGGACCUCGUAAUUGAUGCAGGAAAGGUCGAUUUCAAAGAUGUCGAGUUUGCUUACGAUGUGCGGAAACCCAUCAUCAAAGGGGUUUCCCUGCAGGCUGAUGGUGGACAAACGAUUGCGUUCGUGGGUGAAACUGGUGGUGGAAAAUCCACGAUGCUGAAGCUACUCUUCCGAUUCUACGACGUUACUGGAGGCUCAAUCAUGAUUGAUGGCCAAGAUCUUCGCUCAGUCACGCAGUCAAGCCUUCGAAACGCCAUCGGACUCGUUCCCCAGGACCCUGUACUUUUCAAUCAGACAAUUCGUCAGAACAUCCGCUAUGCGAGACUUGAUGCUACAGAUGCCGAGAUCGAAGAAGCAUGCCGUGCGGCUGCUAUUCACGACGAUAUCGUUGGCUUCCCUGAUGGCUACAACUCCAAGGUUGGCGAACGCGGAGUGAGGCUUUCUGGAGGUCAGCUACAGCGCAUCGCUAUCGCUCGUGUGUUGCUCAAGGACCCCAAGGUUGUCAUGCUAGACGAAGCCACAUCUGCUAUUGAUUCUGGCAUCGAGGCCAAGAUACAACAAGCGUUCAGCAAGCUCAGCAAGGGCCGUACCACGUUCGUGAUAGCGCAUCGCCUUAGCACCGUGGUUGAGGCGGAUCAGAUCCUGGUAGUCGAGAAAGGCGAGAUUAUCGAGCGAGGAACGCAUCGAGAGUUGUUGGAAUUAGGGGGAAAGUACCAUGAGCUCUGGACGAAGCAGACAGCCGGCCAUCUCCCCACUCUCCCCUCAAAGCCCGUGUCAAAAAACAACCCCACUGAAGGAGGAGACAACGACAGCGCGACACUCAUUGACAUUGCAUCUAUAGAAGAAGAUUCGGCAAAGACCACUGGUACGAGUGAAGGCGGUAGCGACAGAGUCGAAAAACGCAAGUGAAAUCGAACGCAUGCAGUACAUCGAGGUCAGUUUAGAUGCGGUCUUCGGUCUCAUACGUUUCAGCGUCGGGUUGUUGGAUAGCCCAUUGGUAUAGUUAUGAAGUUGGCUUCCAAGCGUAAUGCGGUGGGGUCGGAUACGGUUCAUACGUCAAACGAUUGUAUGACAUAAAACAGUUAUUUCUUUACGCAGUUCACAAAUUCGUCAAAAACAUGUUAUGAAGCUAGUAGGCAUAUUUAGCGUACUUCUCCGCAAGGCGACUAGAAUCAACUAUCAGCAAUCUUUGUGACGGUGUCAGUAGUUCAGCCGUUUA